UCUCACUUUGAGAAGCAAAGAGUUCCCGUGGCCUACAAACACAUUCAGGUAUCCAAGGAUCCAGGAAGCAUCUCACUUCACUUCUGCUGGCUCCGGGAGAGAGAAGACGGGAAGGCAACCUUGACUCAUUGAUCCACGAGCAAUGAAAGAAGAAGCUAUGAAGGUGACCAGACUUUCCUUCUUCACUCCGAGCAGCUUGUUGGAAGAGCAGAGCUAAAUCUCCUUGGAGAAACUUCCCCAGAAAGGGAUGGACAAUUUCAUCCGAAAACACUUGCAUUUCUUUCAAACCUUUUGGAACAAGUGCGUGUCCAACGGAGCCUCCGGUAACCGUUCUUUAGAGUCCUGGGAACCGAUCCCAGGAUCCUUACAUCCCACGCUGGAUCCUGACCCUGCUGAAGACAGAGCUUCCCUCCGUGGGGUGCUAUACAACUACACUGCCAAGAAUGCCGAGGAGCUGAGUGUCACUAGAGGGGACAAACUUUAUGUCCUCAAAGAAGAAGGGGGUUAUGUCCUAGCAAGGCGCUUCUCUGGAGACAGAGUCGUGGGCUAUGUUCCAGCCAGCUAUAUCAGCAAGGGCAGCGAUGAACCGGCCAGCCAUCAAUCUUGGUACAUAAAUGGAAUCACGAGAAAUAAAGCCAACCAGCUGCUUCUCUCCCCCCCAAAUCACCACGGCUCCUUCCUUAUUCGGGACAGCGAGAGUAACAAGGGAGAAUACUCUCUGUCAGUUCGCAACCACGGCAAAGUGCGACAUUUCAGAAUCUUCUCGAAUCCUGCCGGAAGUUUUUACUUGGAAAAAGCUCAUGUCUUCCCGAGUCUGGAAGAGCUCCUUGCUUAUUACAGAGCCAACUGGAAAAUCAUUGAAUGCCCUUUGUCUCAGCCCUGCGUCCAGAAGAGAACUUCUGAGAUGGAUCAGUGGGAACGUCCCCGGUCUGAAUUCCAGCUCUGGAGGAAGAUGGGUGAAGGAUGUUUUGGAGAAGUUUGGGAAGGAAUGUGGAAGAACACAGUGCCCGUAGCCAUCAAAAUUAUGAAACAAGCUGACAUGAGGGACGACUUUGUCAAGGAGAUCCGGAACUUGAAAAGUCUGAAACACACAAGGCUCAUCAAACUUCUGGCGGUCUGUUCUGUGGGGGAGCCGGUUUACAUCGUCACAGAGUUGAUGCGGAAGGGCAACCUCCAUAGUUACCUCAACAGUGCUGCUGGAAAGGAAUUGACCACACACCACUUGCUCAGCAUCUCUUGCCAAGUGGCUGACGGGAUGACCUAUCUGGAGGAACAACAUAUCAUCCAUCGGGACCUCGCAGCAAGGAACAUCCUGGUGGGAGACGACCUUGCUUGCAAAAUAGCUGACUUCGGCCUUGCCAGGCUCCUCAAGGAUGACAUCUACUCCACCAGCAGUAACGCCAUGAUCCCGGUGAAGUGGACGGCACCAGAAGCUGCCGUCUACCAGACGUACUCCCCCAAAUCGGAUGUUUGGUCCUACGGGAUCCUGCUCUACGAGGUUUUUAGCUAUGGACAGUGCCCCUAUGAUGGGUUGACCAAUCAGGAGACCAUCCAGCAGAUUACUCGGGGCUACCGUCUCCCUCGCCCCAACAGUUGCUCUUCAGAGAUUUAUAGCAUCAUGCUGGAAUGCUGGAAGACCCAUCCCGAAGAUCGGCCAAGUUUUCUCAACUUGAGGGAUGCACUCUUUUCGAUUUACAAAUGGGCGCGUCACCCCUUCUCCUGAAUGGGGGGGGGCACCUCCUGCGCCCUCUGCAACAACCAUCAGCCCUUCGUGCUCAAUGGGCUAGUUAGUAGAAGUCCUGCAGACCUUCUAGCUCAGAUUCUCUUGAGCCUGCAGGAACAUUUGUGCCUCGGAAGGUGGACGAUGUGAGCUCUUCAACCUCAGCAGGUGGAACUGGUGGAGGUGGAGUUAUGGGCUCUACCCGUCCACAAAUAGCUCACGAUAAGAGAUACCGUACAGCCAAGAGCUCAGUGUGGAGAGAAACAGAAAUGCAGUAUUGCCUUCCUUAUGGACUCUUCUUGCUUUAGGCACCCGAAUGGCUUCCUUUAGUCAAUAAACGUGUACAAAUGUA